UUGGCGCCCGCCGGGGACUUCCACACGGUGCUAGACCUGGCCAAGGUUGCAGACUCGCUGCUGUUCGUGCUGCACCUGGAGGACGGCUGGGACAGCGCGGGGGAGAACUGCCUCUCUUGCCUUUUCGCACAGGGGCUCCCCAGCUGCGCUCUUGCUGUCCAGGGAAUGGCUGAUCUUCCACCAAAGAAGCAGACAGAGGCUAAGAAGAAGCUGAGCAAAGCCAUUGAAAAGCGAUUCCCAGAGGCAAAGCUUUUCCCCUUGAACACAGAGCAGGAAUCUUUGCUGCUGCUGAGGCAUCUGGCUGCCCAGAAGCAGCGGCACCUUGCUUUCCGUGACAGGCGGGCUUACCUGCUUGCCCAUGCCGCUGAGUUUGUGCCCAGCCAGGAAAGCGACCUGGUUGGCACCUUGAAAGUAUCUGGCUUCAUUCGGGGACAGCCCCUCAACGCGAACAGCCUUGUGCACAUCGUGGGACAGGGAGACUUCCAGAUGAGUCAGGUUGAUGCGCCUCCAGACCCUCUGUGUCUCAACCCCCGAGCGGCUAAACGUCCAGAGAGGAAGGGCCAGGAUAUGGAAAUACAGGAUGAGCCUGGAAACAGUGCUGUCCAGAUGGAGGAGGACGUGAAGGUCUUGAUGAAGGCGGAUCCUAGCAGGCAAGAGCUGCUGCAGUCGGAGGUGGUUCCGGACCCCAUGGAGGGAGAGCAGACCUGGCCUACUGAGGAGGAGCUGAAGGAGGCAGAGGAGGCUGUAAAGGAGAGAAGGAAGACAGUGAAGGUCCCCAAGGGAACGUCGAAGUACCAGGCUGCCUGGAUUGUGGAUGACGAAGAAGAUGGCAGUGAGGAAGAUGAAGAUGGUGACAGCAUGGAGGAGGAUGACUUGAUGGAGGAAGAGGCUUUUCAGGAUGGGGAGAGCAGUGAGGAGGAGGAGGAGGAGCCCGUGGAGGACGAGUGCGAGACCAUGACUCUGCCAGAGUCUGCCCGUGACGACCAGUAUGACGAGAGGGUGGAGGAGGAUGAGCAGGUGCUGGAGAAGUACAGGCAGGAGCGAACAGAUGAAAUGUUCCCAGACGAGGUGGACACGCCCCGUGACAUGCCUGCCAGAGUCCGCUUCCAGAAGUACAGGGGGCUCAAGAGCUUCCGGACCUCACCAUGGGAUCCCAAAGAAAACCUCCCCAGGGAUUACGCCAGGAUCUUCCAGUUCCAGGACUUCUCCCGAACCAGGAAGCAUGUCUUCCGGCAGUUGGAGAAGGAAGAGAUCGAUGGAGCUGCGGUUGGCUGGUACGUGACACUUCACAUCUCCAGUGUUCCUGUGUCCGUAAUGGAGAGUUUCAGGCAGGGGAAGCCAUUGGUCCUAUUCUCACUGCUUCCCCACGAGCAGAAGAUGUCCGUGUUGCACUUCCUGGUGAGACGGCACCCAGGCAACGUGGAGCCAGUGAAGGCCAAGGAGGAGCUGAUCUUCCACUGUGGGUUCAGGCGCUUCCGGGCCUCGGCCCUGUACUCCCAGCACACCUCAGCUGAGAAGCACAAAGCAGAGCGCUUCCUGAGGCCUGACACUGCCCUGGUGGUGACAGUUUAUGCUCCCAUCACCUUCCCACCCGCCUUGGUGCUGCUGUUCAAGCAGAGGAGGAAUGGUACUCACCUGCUGCCUGGAUCAGUGGCCCUAGCGACCCAUCCCCCUGGUUGUGGCCCUGGGGUGGGGGUGGGCCGAGCCCCUCGAGUGUUAGGUUGUCUAACACCUCUGCCCGGGGCAGGAAUGGAAGACCUCCUGCGGUACAUGUUCUUUAACAGAGAGGAUGUGCUGUGGUUUAAGCCUGUUGAGCUGAGAACAAAAUGGGGCCGCAGGGGACACGUCAAGGAGCCACUAGGGACCCAUGGCCACAUGAAGUGCCACUUUGAUGGACAGCUGAAGUCCCAGGACACGGUGCUGAUGAACCUGUACAAACGCGUCUUUCCCAAGUGGAUGUAUGACCCGCAUGUGCCAGGGCCAGUGCCGUGGGUGAGAAACGAGGAGCCUGCCCCCGUGCCAGAGGUGGACAUGGAGUAGCUCUUCAGAACCUGCGUCCAGGAUUCCCGAGGAGUCUCCUGGGUGCAGGCGUGCGUUAGCGUAGUGCCUUCCCACGCUGCUGCAGCCUCCGUGGUAUUUAUUUCAAUGGCAAAUAUAUUGUGCAGCCUACAGA